AGUGGGGAGAAAUGUAGAGUGUUAGGAGGCGGAGAGUCAGUCUGCUCACUGUGGAGCUGUGUAGGGGCAGCAGGAGGAGCCGACACCGACAGAAAGGAGCGAUUCAAAGAAAGACGUGAACGUUGCUCAAAUGCACAAAAUUGGGCUUUGAAUUACGCCGGGAGCAACGGUCGUGUGGUUUAUUCGGAGCCUUUGGUUUGGACAGAAAGGGUGUAGACUACGGACACGGCAAUCCCCUUUACCCCCCCUAAAACAGCGAGAGGAAUCGGAAAGAGGGAAGGAGGCAGGCUUAGUGUGUUAUUGGAGAAAGUCAUUCAGCACUGGCAGUCUAUUCCAUGUUAAUGUAAUGGAAACACCCUUUUGGUCGGUGGCAUCUGAAAUGCAUCAGUGGAAAUAUAUCAGUAACUUCCAUGGCUAAUUCUAUCAAGCAGCGGUGGCUUGAGUUUGCCAGUGGAUGCACUCAAGAGCCGAGUGCCCUGCCAUGCCCAGCGCCAUGCUAAGGCAACACAUUCAUAAUAACAAGGAGCACUUAGUUCAACCAGUGGGGAAGCUAUGGAAAAAGUUGGUGGAAAAUCUAUGGUUUAAACCUCAAUUUUAAACUUCCUUUUUUCAGUUUGACCUACAUUUUCUCUAACGCUUCAUAGCUCAGUUGCUUUUCCUGCCAUCCACAGCGACUCGGCUUUUUUCUCUACUUUUCACCCAGCUUGCCUUCACUCUCGCUGCUUCUUAAAACCAAGGACAGCUAAAGUGCAUCCUUCUUUUGCACCUGACAAAAUGGAUGUUCGAAUUUAAAGCCAGCCUUUGUUGGAGAUGAAAAUGUGAAGGGGCGUAAUGAAGGGAACCUGAAGAGGAGGAAUAGGUGGAACAGCAGCACUAGAUCAAAAUGGCCCAAACCAGUUUGCUGAAAGGGAAGCGCUUUUACUGCCGGGAGUGGGUAUUCCAUAAGAUUCAGCAUUGCCUCCAGGAGAAAACCAACAACCUCAGUGGAGUAAUCAGCACUCCCAGUAAACAGCCCCCGUUGGCACCUGGUGGUAGUGCGUCCAACCCUGGCACCCUCACAGCAGGAUCUGCAAAGUCGGGUAGCUCCUGGGGUGUGUUGCUGGUGGGAGGGCCAGGGAGUGGGAAAACUGCACUGUGUACAGAGCUGUUAUGGCCCACAUCAGCCCAGGGAACCCACCGCGGUCUACACCAGCAAAGCCUGGCUUUCCACUUCUGCCGGGCAGAUGACUCGGACACGCUGUGCGUCGGCGGUUUCAUCCGAGGUCUGGUGGCUCAGAUUUGCCGCAGCGGGCUACUGCCAGGAUAUGAGGAAAAGGUGCGCGAUCCGGCUGUGCAGAACACUUUGCAGCCUGGAGAGUGCGAGAGGAACCCCACAGAGGCUUUCAAGAGGUGUGUACUCCUGCCUCUCUUGAGUGUGAAGCCUCCUCAGCAGGCACUCUUCCUGCUUGUGGACUCCAUUGAUGAAGGCAGUCAGCUGGGUGAGGGGGAACAGAGGUCCUCCCCAGGUUCUCCCAGGACCAUUGCAGAGCUCCUGGCCAGUCACCAUGAGUUUCUGCCUCCUUGGCUGCUGCUCAUCUGCUCCGCACGACGACAGAACAAAUCCAUUACCAAACUAUUCACAGGAUUCCGCAAAAUCAGCCUUGAUGAUCUGCGUAAGGCCUACAUCGUCAAGGACGUGCAACAGUACAUCCUUCACAGGCUGGAUCAGGAGGAGGCCCUGAGGCAGCAUCUAACAAAGGAGACAGCUGAGAUGCUUAACCAACUUCACAUCAAGAGCAGUGGUUGUUUCCUUUACCUGGAACGUGUCCUGGAUGGUGUGGUGGAAAACUUUAUCAUGCUUCGUGAGAUCCGCGACAUCCCGGGCACUCUUAAUGGCCUCUACCUGUGGCUCUGCCAGAGACUGUUUGUCAGAAAACAGUUUGCCAAAGUACAACCAAUUCUUAAUGUAAUCCUUGCAACUUGUAGGCCACUCACAGUCAAAGAACUGUACCAUGCAGUCUGGACCAAAAACAUGACACUGACCAUGGAAGAGUUUCAGAAAAAGAUGGACAUUCUCUCCAAAUUAUUGGUCGAUGGCCUUGGGAGCACUAAAAUCCUCUUUCACUACAGUUUUGCAGAGUGGCUACUAGAUGUUAAGCACUGCACCCAAAAGUACUUGUGCAAUGCAGCAGAGGGACAUAGGAUGUUGGCAAUGAGUUAUACUUGCCGGGCAAAGCAGCUCAAGCCGCUUGAGGUGCAGGAAUUUGCAUUGCAUCUUGUGAACUCCAAUCUACAAAUUGAAGCAUUUAAUCUGGCUCUUUGGAUGGUUUGGAAUGGAACUCCUGCUAAAGACUCUUUGAGCACCUCCAUACCAAGGGAACAGGAGGUUCUGCAGCUACUGGUCAAAGCUGGUGCACACGUAAACAAUGAGGAUGAUCAUGCUUCAUGUAUUGUACAACAGGCCCUAGAAAGAGAGGAUUCGAUAAGGACACUACUUGACAAUGGGGCAUCUGUAAACCAGUGUGACUCCGGUGGAAAAACUCUGCUGAGUAAUGCUGCAUACAGUGGAAACCUUGAUGUUGUCAACUUGCUUAUAUCUAGAGGGGCAAACAUGGAGCUAGAAGAUAACAAUGGACAGACGGCACUUACCCUUGCUGCAAGGCAGGGCCAUACUAAAGUGGUCAACUGCCUUAUUGGCUGUGAGGCCAACAUAAACCAUACAGAUCACGAUGGGUGGACUGCUCUCCGUUCAGCAGCAUGGGGUGGACAUUCAGAAGUUGUGUCUGCUCUGCUUUAUGCUGGUGCCAAAGUGGACUGUGCUGAUGCCGAUGGCAGAACUGCUUUAAGAGCUGCUGCUUGGGGAGGUCAUGAAGACAUUGUGUUGAACCUUCUUCAACAUGGCGCUGAGGUCAACAAAGCAGACAAUGAAGGAAGAACGGCUCUUAUUGCUGCAGCCUAUAUGGGACACAGAGAAAUUGUCGAGCACCUGUUGGACCAUGGAGCCGAAGUUAAUCAUGAAGACGUUGAUGGAAGGACUGCCCUUUCAGUCGCUGCUCUCUGUGUUCCUGCAAGUAAAGGCCAUGCAUCUGUUGUGAGCCUUUUGAUCGACAGGGGUGCAGAGGUCGACCACUGUGACAAAGACUGCAUGACUCCUCUCCUCGUGGCUGGCUAUGAAGGACAUGUAGAUGUAGUUGACUUGCUUUUAGAAGGCGGGGCUGAUGUGGAUCAUACAGACAACAAUGGUCGCACCCCUCUUCUGGCUGCUGCAUCAAUGGGCCAUGCAUCUGUAGUCAACACACUACUUUUUUGGGGGGCUGCUGUUGAUAGUAUUGACAGUGAGGGAAGGACUGUGCUGAGCAUUGCAUCUGCUCAGGGUAAUGUGGAGGUGGUCAGAACUCUGCUGGACAGAGGUCUUGAUGAGAAUCACAGGGAUGAUGCAGGCUGGACCCCGCUUCACAUGGCUUCAUUUGAGGGCCACCGGCAAGUUUGCGAUGCCCUUAUUGAACAAGGUGCUCGUUGCACAGAGGUAGAUAAUGAUGGUCGAAUACCGCUGAUAUUAGCUGCACAAGAGGGACAUUAUGACUGUGUGCAAAUUCUUCUGGAACACAAGUCAUGCAGUGACCAGAGGGGAUAUGAUGGGAGGAAUGCUCUCAGGGUAGCUGCAUUAGAAGGUCACAGGGAGAUUGUUGAACUGCUGCUGAGCCACGGUGCUGAUAUAGAUUACAAAGAUGCAGACGGACGCCCGACGCUUUACAUACUAGCACUUGAAAAUCAGCUGGCCAUGACAGAAUAUUUCCUUGAAAAUGGCGCAAAUGUGGAAGCUUGUGACACUGAGGGCAGAACGGCCCUGCAUGUAUCCUGCUGGCAAGGGCAUAUUGAAAUGGUGAGGCUGCUGAUUAACUACCAUGCUGAUGUGAAUGCCUGUGACAAUGAAAAAAGAUCUGCCCUCCAGUCUGCUGCAUGGCAAGGCCAUACAAAAGUCGUGCAGUUUUUGAUAGAGAAUGGCACACAUGUAGAUCACACAUGCAAUCAGGGAGCAACGGCACUAGGCAUAGCUGCCCAGGAGGGUCACAUCGAUGUUGUACAAAUACUUCUUGAAAACGGUGCUGACCCCAACCACGCUGAUCAGUUUGGAAGAACGGCAAUGAGAGUAGCAGCAAAAGGUGGCCAUUCAAUGAUUAUAAAACUUCUAGAAAAAUAUGGAGCUACAACUCUAAAUGGCUGCAACCCCUCCCCAGUGCAUACCAUGGAAGAAAAAACACCAUUGGCAGUGACUGGUAAAAUGCAGUCCCUCACCAUCAAAUCAAGUAGUUCUGGCAGCACUGGGGCAGGAGACGUGCAGUCAUCUGGACGAGGUCUACAGAACGGGCCUGUUCAUGCCUUCAGUUCACCGUCAGAGUCUCCUGAUUCCACUGUAGAUAGACAGAAAUCCUCCCUGUCAAAUAAUUCUCUCAAGAGUUCAAAAAACUCCUCUUUGAGAACCACAUCAUCUACAGCCACAGCACAGACAGUGCCCAUUGACAGUUUUCACGGACUGACAUUUACAGAACAGAUUCAGCAGCACUCACUGCCCCGCAGCCGGAGCAGACAGUCUAUUGUAUCUCCGUCCUCUACGACAAAGUCCAUUAGUCAGCAGCCAUCAUCCCCAUCCAGUGACUUUGACUGGUCUCAGCUGAAAUCCGGUCUUAAAUCAACAAAGGGAACUAAAACUGGAAAUAGCACAGCAAACAGCAAAACAACACUGGGAGACAAGAAGAAAAUCAAGAACAGUGGCUCAACCCAAGGUCAGGUUCUGGAGUAUGAGAUGACCCAGUUUGACAAGAGAAUUGCCAUUAAUAAAUCGGUAGCUAACAUUGCAGUGAAAGAUCCUCAUUGUAAGAUCAUGAUUGGUGGUUCAGUUCAGCAGGAAAGGGGACAGUGCCAGGAUCAGUUUUUCAUACAACAGCAAAGCUGUUCUGAGAAGAAGAGGAAUGGGAUAAUGACAAACCCCAACUAUCAUCUACAGGGUAAUCAGGUUUUCUUGGGUAGGGUAUCAGUUCCACGGACUGUUCAAAACAGGGGCCACCAGGAUGUUCUAGAGAACUAUCCCAUAGGGGAAACGGAGCUAAGCCUUAAACAAGCCCUGAAACUGCAGAUUGAAGGAUCAGACCAUGGGUUUAACUACAAAAAGGAGACUCCAUUAUAGCCGAUGUCUUGAAUGCCAUUCGUCAUGCAGACGGCGGAGGGAAUGUGCCAAAGCAACUGUUUUCAUCUGCAUUU